AUGGCCCCACCUCUAGUGAGUAACAUGGCUAACUCUUGGCAAGUUAAUCUUUAUUUAGCAACGGCUGUGGGUGCUGCCUGUUUGCUCCACUAUCUUUUAUCGGAUAACCCUAUAUUUGCAUCUGCAACCUCAGCUCCAAGUAGGAAUAGAGCUCAAGACAUGACCAAAGCGGAAUGUAUAGAACUAUUAAAAGGCAUAGUGAAAUCUCAAGAGGAAACCAAAAUUGUUAUGAAGAAGUUGACCUCAGACCUGAUAAACAAUCCACUGCGCCUAGAACAGGUAUAUACCAAGGCCAGUCAAAUGCAGCCAGAGGAUCCUAUGGAGCAAUGGGGAGUCACUGUAAUUGAUCUCGACCAUUUGAUUGAAAAGUAUCAACAUGAUCCUAUUGUGAAGGAUUACAUUUUGAAGAUCAUGAAUUCGCCCGGCAUAAACGAUACAACUCUGAGUGACGAUGUACGCAAUAUUACUAUUAGUCAAAUAUUAGCUAUCCAUGAAUAUAUGCUCAGCGAAUUGGAGUCUGUAGUCCGCGAAUUCAAAUCGCUGCAGAACAGACAAACUAUGGAGAUUAAAACGUUAACUAUUGCUGCGCAAGCAAUCGUAGCUGCCAAAGUAGAGGAAAAAUUCAAUUUAACAUCAGAUCAGGUUGAAUCGGCUGUGAUAAUAAACCAUGCCGAAUUAACUGCUAGCCAUGCAUUCACCAGAUUGACUAUGCAAAUGCAGACGGAGAUGAGUGAGUUGAUUGGGUGCCAAUUUCCCGGGUGGUAA